AUAUAGAUUUCUGGUAAGUUAAAACGAAAGAAGAGUUGGAAGAAGACGUUAGCAAUGAAGAAGACCACAAAAAGGAAUAAGAAAAAACUUUCAGAAACAUGUGGGAUUUGAUUAUAACAAGGGAAGUUUGAAAAUAUCAGCAAAGAAGCAUAGCAGCACUUACAAAGAUGGCUUCCAAUGUUGUACCAUGUCAACUUACAAACGCAAAGAAAGUGAACUUUGCUCGGUUGUCUCGUCUCGUUAUCGAUCUCUUUGCACGGAUAUUGAGGGACAUACUUGUCUUCCAUUAUCCGCGUCCAGAGGAUCUACAGCAAAGGAUUAGAGAUAAACAUCUAGAGGAGAGAUUUAGAAAAUAUAUGAACAAGAUACUUGACGGUGAUAGGUAUGAAAAGUGUGAUGUAACCAUUCUCUAUAACCUGAUAAGACACACAUGUCAUAUAACACCACCAACAGUUACGAGAAAACGUAAAAUGGCGUGGGGUGGAGAUCGAAUGCCGUCUAAAGACUGUAUAACAUUAGGAGAUGAUAUUGAAAGAAUGAAUAUCAUACGAAACGAAGUGUGGGGCCAUGCCAGUAGCACUGAAAUAGAGGACAACCUUCUUGAAAAGUACUUUGAUAUAUCGGAGGGUGUGUGUAGAAGAUUAAUAGGACACUAUGGAAUAAAAAACUAUGUCAAAGAAUUGGAGACCAUUAGAAACUGUAGAAUGGAAGAGGAUAGCGUGCAUGAAAGAGUAAUGGAAAAUCGAGAUAUCAUGUGUAGAAAUUUUGACAAAGUCUACGAAAAGCUGACACAGUUGAGUGAAAAGGAUUGUCCUCUUAAAACUGAAACAUUUUUUCAAAGAGAUAUAAACGGGAAUAUCUCGGCAUUAACUACAAGUGCUUUGGAUCUCAUUAACAGACUGCAGACAGAAGCAGAAAAUCUCGAUGUGGUUAACAAAUCACGGCAGCUUAUUAAUGAAGUAAUAAUUGACCUAUGUGGAAGUAGAGGUGGACUAAAUUUACAACUACUAGAAACACAUUUUAGACACCUUUUUAGUUCUUCAUUUAAAAAAACAACUGAUCUAAAGCUGAUUGAAUAUCUGAGAAAAAAUACAAAUAUAUUUGCUAUGUAUCAGCCCAACGGAAAACAGUGGAAAGUAAUGCUAGUUGAGCAUCAUAGAUCAAACUUGGUCAAGAGAAAAAAACACAAGAUAACAAAGUCUCAGAAAACCAUAUCACGUGGGAAAAUAAAGAUUGAAGAAUUUGAUAUAGAAUCGGUUUAUCCUAAGACAUCCGUAAUAACAGAGGAUAUGAAAUGCCAAACUCCAUCUACAUAUAGUGUUCUACUAAAACCUGAAUCAUGCAAACAUUCAUCUAAAGUAAUCCAGAAUGCUGAGGCUACGAGAGUAAAUGAUGAUGGUGAUGAUGAAGAUGAUGAAGAUGAUGAUGAUGAUGACCAAAUUGUCGAAAAAAUUGAUAAGCAGGAAACGAUAAAUCAACAUGGACAAAAAAUAAUAGACCCCCUUAAAGCAGCAUCUAGUCCUUCACGUAUCGAAAUCCAUACGUCUUCCAACCUGACAAAGCAAGCUAUCUAUAAGAGCAGUGCGUAUAGAAAUAAUCGUGGAUACAUCGAGGAAAUGGUGACAAAAAGUGCAUGCUCUUCCGCAGUAGAAUCAAUUAGCAAAGACAAGAAUACACAAUUGCUGCAGAAUGCUACAAACAAACAUACAUCUGUUAGUUUAACAGAGAUGAACAAACGGGAAUUUAACAUAUCACAUCUACCUUCUCCAGAUUCUGUAGCUCAGUCUAUGCAUGAGUUUAUGGAAAAGGUUCAUAGUUUUGAAAAAAGCUUCGGGUCAUUUGCUCUUGUUGUAGGAAAAGCAGAUAUUGUGCCAAAUAUUGAAUCCCUGGCGAGAAUACCAUGGCUAUGUGUCUUUGAUUUUGACAUGUUUAGCAGAGAAGACGGAUUGAUGUCUGUAUUAGAUGGUCACAUGGAUACUGUUCACACAUGCACUUUGACAGACUGUCCGCAGUUUUCUUUCUCAUACACUUACUGGUGUCAGUUGCGAGGUGAUUCACAGGUUCCAGAUACAUGCAUGGAAUGCGAUGCUAGAACUUGGUUGUAUCGGAUCAAACCAAAUUUAGAUAAACAUUUAGGAACCUUACUACAAUAUAUUACAAAUAUUACAAAUCUCAAAGUUGUAGUUUUAUGGCCCGAAAAAUCCGAAGAAGUGAACUUCUUUUAUCAAUUUAUAAUUUUCAUGAAUGCUAUUCUUUUCUCAGACAUCUUUGUUGUAUAUUCAGAUACGCAAAAAGAGCCAGAGGGAUUUGGACUUGUUGAUUUUGCUUUCAAAUUACAGGUUCCUUUAGAAUCUUUCUACUCUUUCUUAAAUGAGAAUAUUCAGAAAGUCAAGCCGGAAAAGACAUCUUCAUAUCGUUUGCCUACUUUUGACAAAAGCAAUGACCCUGGUAUUGAUUACUAUACCGCAAACCACUUGCGUGAGGUUUUCAACGUUCUUUAUAUCCAAGACGACGGGGGUUCAAGCCAUGAUGUAUCCGAAAUCAAAGAAGAGGGUAAAAAUUUUUUGCGAGGUGGGACCCUACCAUGGUUUGUGUAUUAUGAAAAUUGUGAAGGAGGAUAUUUUGAUAUAAGAAGAGAUAAAACGAAUUACAUUCUUCGCGAUAUCAAAGAUCGGAACAUAAGUCGCUCACUAUCGGCAAUUCUUAAAGUGUUUCAUCCACCAGGUGCUGGCGGGACGACAAUCUCACAACGCAUUUUGUGGGAUCUACACGAAGAUGUUCCUUGUGUGCAAGUAAAAUCGAACAUUAAUUCCACAAUUUCUGAUAUGGUACAACAUAUCAAAUGUCUUUUCGAUAAAACACAACUUCCAAUUUUGGUUUUAUUAGAUGGAAAAGAUGAAUUGAAUGUAAAGAAAUUUUAUAAUCAGCUCAGAAUACAGUCGGUCUCUGUUAUAAUUUUGCAUGUUCAACGAAUUAGGGAAGAUCUCAGCAACAAAACACUACCAAAAGGAAAAUAUUGGGUUAAAAGCCAUGUGUCUAAACGAGAAGCAAACCAGUUCUGUUUAAGAUAUCAAGAAUUCUGUGAUACGGAGGAAAACAAAGAGAACCUACAGACAAUCACGAAUGACGUUUCAAAGGGCGGGCAUCGUCAUGUAUACGAGUUUGGAUUGACAACAUUUGCUCAUGAGUAUAAAGGUGUUGAAUCUUUGGUUAAAGAAUGUUUGAAACUUCAAGCAGGUGGCGAACUGGAUUCAACCCAGAGGGUGCUUGGAUAUCUAUCUCUUGUUUAUUUUUUUGGCCAAACAUGUGUACCAUGUGAUUUGCUAUCAAAAAUUCUCAAACAAGAUAAAAGGAUUACAUAUAAUGAUUUACCAUUUGUGGUACAACAACUAGUAGUCAAGAGUUUCCAUCACCAUCACGAAGAUUUUAUUAGGAUAUGUCAUCAAAUUGUUGCAAAAGAAAUCCUUGAACAAAUACUAACAAGAAAUGUACUUAAACAUCAGAGACCCUCAGGUCAGAACUUGAGCCAAGAUGCCUGCAGAAAUCUCUCUGAUUUCGGAAUUGAAUUCAUCAAUGAUAUGAAAAAGCAUUAUAAUAAAAAAGUCCCCUGGAGACGAAAUCAGAUUGUUGAAAUUUUGACCAAAACCUUCCUUCAAAGAAAUGUUCAAGAUUUUGAGGAAUACAAUACAUGUAGUCACAAACAAAAACCUAAAUUUUCCCGGUUUUUCACAGACUUAGAAGAGAAUUUGUCAAGGCAAGAUCGAAUUGAGAUCAUGAAAAAUAUUGUUUCCUGUUGUCCAGAAAACCCAAAUUACCAUGCACAUCUCGGACGAAUGUAUACUUUGUACUUCCCCGGGGAAUUUAAUGAUGUAACAGAAAACAUCUUUAAAAAGGCGAUUUCCUUGUGUGAAAAAGAAUACGAUAUUAAUAACGAGAUCAGCCAUUCUUUUGAAGAGCAGUGUUCAAAUUCAUCUAUUUACCACAUGUAUGGAAUGCAUUUUCAUCAAAGAGUACGCAAAAUAACAAGAGAUUCUGGAGAAGCUGAAUUUGAAAAAGAUAAAGAUAUAGUUUUGAAUUAUGCACAAAACGCUUGUUUAAAUUUUGAAACAGCAUGCGAAAAGUCUCUUCCAGGUAUAGGUCAGUCAUAUGGACUUAUAGGAGAAAUUAAGACCAGAUUAGAAGUAUGUGACUAUAUUCACAGAAAAUUAGGCAUGCGUUUGUUGGAUUGUGAUCAGUCACCGAUGUCGCCAAUGGUAACGUUUGUCAAAGAGAGCAUGGUAAAAAUUUGUGAUCUGAUCACCCAAUGUUACAGUACUGUCGAUAGAGAUGAACUUCCUGCAACGAUCUUUGACUCUGUAAGCAUAUAUAAAAAGCUAUUCUGUGGUCAGGAUAUGACUCGGUUAUUUUCUACAGAUGUACCAGAUGAUUGUACAAAGAGGCGACACUUUGUCACUCAACAAAAAGUCAAGUAUGGCAAAUUUGACAUUUUAUCAUUAAACAACGAAAUUUCAAGCGACGAAAUUGACCAGAUUGUGAAGAAUUUGGAAGAAAAUUUCAAUGACUUACCAAAAUUGAGAAACGGUACUUCAAUGAUGGGAUCAAUUGAGUCUGACUUCAAAGACUGGACUAAUGCUGUUCGUUUGAAGCAAUACAAAAAGGAAAUUCGGCUUGAAGAUGUUCUUGUGAGGCUACAUCAAUGGCAAGAACUUGUCAAUACUCCUAUCUCAAAGUUCUAUGUUUUCAUUUUGUGUGCUUCAUUAACAAUUUUGAAUAAGGACAAAAACCGUUUCUUUCAAGCAAAAGAAACACUCGAUGAAGUUAAAAAAACCAAAAAUCAUGUUGUCAAACCAUACAAGCCUAGAGAAUGGCUUGGAAUAACUACUAGUAGAAGUUUUGGGGUUAAAUGUCUAAUUCCAGGUUCAUUCUUAAAGCCAAAACCUGACUCUAGCGUUGAUGAGGUUGAUGUUGUCAAUGAUAAUGACAUUAAACCAAAGUUUUUAAAAGGCACGAUUUUGGGACCCAACAAGCAUUCGCAAUAUGGUUCAAUUUCUCUUAGUGUUUGCAAUGGUGCUCAGUUCGACGUGUUCUUUAACCCUGUUCGAACAAAAGAGAAAUUAGUUGGUCCCACGUAUUCGAACAAACGAGUUGAGUUUAUUUUGGGAUUCACGGUUUCCCAUGGAUUUAUGGCUUACAAUGUCAGGAUACUAAAGACAUUGACAUGCGAAAAAUGCAACAGAAAUAUAGAAUUUGUAACAUUUCAAUACACUGCAGAAUGCACGUGUGGUAAUACAGUUCAAAAGCUCAAGGAAGAUGACAAAUUUUUUCCAACUUUCAGCCAUCCAUUCUGAAUAAAAAUGUUGACCGCACUACAUCGGUAUGAUGUACGUGUACAGUAAAGUAAAGAUAGUUUCCCUUAAAUUUUAUUGAAAUAAAAAAAAACAUACAUACAUAUGUAUGUGUAUACAAACAUAUUAAGUCUUAAUAUGAUGAAGUCCAACUAAGUAAAGCUUUCCUACAGUCUUCAAAUAUAUAACCAUCAUCGGUUGCUAACAUUCUAUUAAAAUACAAAUUAUUAUUAUUAUUAUACUGCUUUGUGUUUUGUUGGUGGUUUUAUUUAGAAAAUCUACCAAUCUACCGAUUGUGUGUGUAAUAAUAGCUUGCUGUUGCUAGGGAUCAGAUGUUAUCAAAUUGUUGUAGUUAUGUGAAACGGAUAUCUAAGUUUUAUGAUCUAUGAUACUUGGUUAACAGUAUUGAACUUGCUACAAUUGAUCUUUAAACUAAUGAUGUAUUUGAUGCUUUAUUUUUAUUUUAUAAUUUGCAAACUUUGUAUGUUAUGCAUAUAAGUUAAGACAAAGUAAAUUCUCGCGCAUGUAUUGAAAAUUAUCAUGUAGUGUUGACAGCGAUCUAUAGAUGCAAAAGGCAGGGUGUUUGAUUUAAGUAAUUGUAUAUGUUUUUUUGUAAAAGAAAUGCAGGUCACUAUAAUACCAGCAAAUUGUGAGGUUACUUACUUUAACUCUUACUUAUAUUUUUCCUUGUCUGUCUCCAACGUUUUUUUUUAUCUUUGCUGUGUUUGCGUUAUUUAAUGUUUAUCAACUAAUGUUAAUCAAUAACAAAAAAGACCUCAUUUCUAUUCGUUUUGCAAAUGUUUUCUUAGCAUUGAUAAACGCAUUUGAGAAGCUGGGUGGUCAACAAGUCAACCAUCAGAUUUACUUCAUUUGCAUUUUAGAGCUUCAAAAUUUUAUUCAGUUAAGGUCGAGAGUUUCCAGAGCUCUUCUUCGUUAAGAGAUGAAUAUGUCUUAACUUGGCCAGGAACAUCCAGUCCUCUUAAGUUUGUGUGUGACAUAUCGAGAUAUGCAAUUAUUUCUAUCUUAUUCACAUUUUUUCAAAGUUAAAACUUAAAACCACUUGUAUUUUUCUAAUGAUUAUGUAAACAUGUGCUGUGCUUUGUUUUUGUUAUUGACAUUGAUAAUAGUAAAUUGGUUAAAGGAACAUAAAGAAAACGUCUAUUCAUUAUUACAUUAUGAAAACAUUUGUUUGUGCUGUAGAUCUAGAAUUUUGAAGUCACGAACCACUUUCAUGAAUUAUUUAUUUAUUGCAUCGAAAAAUUUUAAUUUGAAAUAUGAGCUACGUAAUCUGCUUUGGUACUUUUUAAAAAAUAAAAAAAUCCAACAUCAC